AUGCAGCAGCUGCUGUGCGGUGGUGCUGAUGCUGCGGAGGAUGCUGCACAUCUUCAGCGUGAAGCCCCGACAUCAAACUGACUCACAGGACCAACAUUACUCCCUGAGUGCAGUCUAGCUGACUUCACAAAGUCUUCCUAGCAGCCAUGACGUCAUCAGCCUACAGGGAGAAGUUGCGAGAGCUCCCUCUGGUGUCGUUUUUGUGCUCCUGCAUCCUCCAGAAGCCACCUAAUGCCUUGUCUGCGCAGAAGGAAGGCGUGGUGGACCUGAACCUGGGCGACAUUCGCCACAUGGAGGUGAUGGAGCUGAGCAAGCGUGCCAACGGCCAUGCCUUCCAGGUCAUCCUCAAGCCGCCCAUCUUUAACGGCGAGCCCAAGGCCACCACGCCCCCUCGUCCCAAACCCUCGCUGGAGGAGAUCCAACACAAACUGGACGCCGCCCACGAGAGGAGAAAGUGUCAGGAGGCGGAGCUCCUGAAGCACCUGGCGGAGAGGCGACAACACGAGCGCGACGUGGCCAGCAAACACGCGGACAGGAAGUCGCAGGGGGCGAGGUGACGGCCACUGAAGACUCCGACGGCGCGGGAACUUUAGACGGAUCACGUGACGACAACUUUGUUUCCAGGGCAACGCUGCUCCGCGAGCGCGGACGCCGUCGGACACGGCGACGCUUCCAGAGACAGCAGAGACGUUUUUUUCUUCCCGGUGUGGAAAUAAAAACACAACCAGCAUCGGUAUCGGUCUGAUACCGACCGUGUCUACUUGAUAAUGAUAUCAGGACGAAAUAAAACGCUACAGACUUGAACGCCAACAAAACUUUUUCCAGCGACCGCCUGUACAGAAAACUUGAAAGAAGCGUUUGACAUCCACAUCUUAGCCUUGUGUUUACAUUUGUGUAAAAUAUCAGAAUAGAACUAAUAAAUUCAUUGGAUCGAAUGAAGCGGGACAAGCUGUAGGAAAUGGAUGGAUGGAUUAUUCAAGAAGAAGCCGCACUUUAGUCGCCCUGCCAUGAACACGGCGGCUGCAACGCACUGAACAUGCUUUAUUUCUACGUCCGUAACUAGUAAUCAUGUGAAUGAGGGUGUUUUGAAGUUUUGGUUGCUUUCGUGUCUUUUAACAUUCCUCUUUACAAUUUUUAAUUUGGAACCUUUGAGAGACGCUGCUUGGGUCUAUUGGCCGAUCCAAAAAUUAUCUUCAAGGCUUUGAAAGUUUUAAUAAAAAAGUAUU